AUGCACUCCUUCCUCGGGGCUGCGGCCUCCAUUCUGGCCUUCGGUGGCUUUGCUGGUCACGCCGUGGCGACCAGGGUUGGACGACCAGCACUCUGUCCAGACAGCUGCGCUAGCUACAACCCAGUCGACUGGUUCACUUUUCGAAAUGUCCCACAAGUCACUCGAUGCAAUGAGACUAUGCUCCUUGAGUUCAACAUCUUCAAUGACCUGGAUGACCCCCAGGUGCAUUCCACUCUGCAUGUCUGCGCUUCUGGUGUCCUCGACAAAUUACAAAACUCAUCUUCUGUCAAAACUGCGUCUUCCUCCGUUUCAACCAAGAAAUCAAUUACAUACCAGAUCGGUGCUUGGGGCUCUAGUCCUUCCGAAUCUGGAGAAAGCAAUUAUUCUGAGCUUCUGGAUGCUUUGCAAACCUAUCUGACUGGGCACCCACAAAAACCAGAAAUAUUUGGAUACUCCAAUGGAGUAGCCGCUGGUGUUUAUUUGGGUGGCAGUGUUCAACAGGUUUCCAAUGUUGAAUUUGCCAUUGAAAAACUGAGAAGCUUCCUUUCCGACACCACCUACAGCACUGCUGCCAUUCAAUACUGUGGAUAUAGUUCCAACGAAACAAUUGGUGUGGCGGUUGACCUUAAUGGCGACAUUCCAACUGUUCAACAAUACGUUCAAAGCUGGCAUGGAGGCGAGUGUCUGUCAGGCUUUGACAAGAGUGCAACCGGCAGUACAUCUCUGACAUUCCUGGGUACCCACAAGGCAAACGGAACACAAUCAACAUAUUCGCGUGGCUCUCAUGGCUCUCAUGGCUCUCAUGGCUCUCAUGGCUCUCACGGUCAUUACGUAUCUCACUCUCAUCAACGCAGAGAUGAUACAUGCACAUACAGAGAAGUGGUCUCCGGGGAUACAUGUUACGGACUGAUCACAGACUGCGGAAUUACCUCUGACGAGUUUUACGAGUACAAUACUGCAACAGACCUCUGUACUGCACUAGUACCGGGAGAGUACGUGUGCUGUUCCUCUGGCUCGCUGCCGGACUUUUCGCCAUCUGCAUAUUCGAAUGGAACAUGCUACACGUACAGUGUGCAAUCUGGAGACAGCUGUUCUGAUCUGGCCAGUACAUACAGUCUCACCGAAGCCGAAAUCGAGACUUACAACAACGAGACAUGGGCCUGGUAUGGAUGCAGCGAGCUACAGGCCGGACAAAACAUCUGUUUAUCGACAGGCAACCCUCCCUAUCCUCUGCCGAUUGCCAACGCAGAGUGUGGACCUCAGGUUGCGGGAACGGUCUUCAAUAGCACCGAUUCCGGGGACUGGGAGAGCUACAACCCAUGUCCUUUGAAUGCCUGUUGCGACGCCUUUGGCCAGUGCGGUAUUACACCGGUUUACUGCAAUCGCACCUUUGCGGACAACAAUAACCCUGGAACCGCAGCGAAUGGAACAAACGGGUGCCUUUCAAAUUGUGGAACAACAAUCACAAACUGGGCAGUUCCUCCUUCAAGUUCAUUGGGUGCUACGACAGAUCCCAUAGCAAGCCUCACGUCACUCGCCUCACUGUUUGCUAAAGAGUUCUCAUCUCUUUAUUCCGGUGAGCAGUACUCUCUCACAGCCGGCCUGUACACAACAUCCACAUCGACAAAAUCCACAUCUAUAUCGACUACUUCGUCAAAAACAUCCACAUCCACAUCAGACGCUGCAACGGCCACACCCUCGGAACGAUUCAUUAUUGCUCUCGCUGAAGAUGACAACGAGCUGGGCAACCCUUACACCUGGCAAUACUUUGAUCCAACAUAUAGCGCGAGCUGGAGCGCGUGUGAUGAUGUAGGUGGAGGCUCAGAGGCACUCUCAUCUGGCGAAGGCCUUCCGGAUGGCACUUUCGAUAUCUCAGUCGACAUUCACGGUAUGAGUGACUGUGUUUAUACGGGUACCACCGAUGCUGCGGGUACAUUCACUUGCCCCGACCUCACAUCUACUGUGACGUGUGAGAAGAGUCCAGACACAGGCACAUACACAUGCUAUGAGGCACUAGCUCCAGUUGAGUUUACUCCCAAGAUCCAAUGCUCUUGGUAG